CCUUUAGACUGGAGGCUGAGCUGGCACCGCAAUUAAGGAAGCUUCAGUGACCGGGGAAAAUGGCUGAGUACUUGAGGCUAUCCAACUCCCUGGUGCUCAUCCGCUUGCAAAACCCGCCUGUCAAUGAGCUCAGUGUGGCUGUACUCCAUGGAAUAAAAGAAGGUCUACAGAAAGCUAUGUCAGACCAUACAAUAAAAGCCAUUGUAAUUUCUGGAUCCGGUGGAAAAUUCUCUGCAGGUGCUGAUAUCCGUAACUUCAGCAAUCCUGGCUACUCUGGCAUCAGAUUGGGAAGUGUAGUAGAUGAACUACAGAGAACUAAGAAGCCUGUGGUGGCAGCUAUUGAAGGCGUGGCUUUAGGAGGGGGACUGGAGCUGGCCUUGGGCUGUCACUAUAGAGUUGCACAUGCAGAGACUGAGAUUGGUUUCCCAGAAGUCACUCUGGGAGUCCUUCCUGCUGCAAGAGGAACCCAGCUUCUCCCCAGACUUAUUGGACUUCCUGCUGCACUUGACUUGAUAACCUCAGGAAGGCAUAUUUUGGCAGGUGAAGCACUCAAGAUGGGCAUUGUGGAUAAAGUGGUGAACUCAGAUGUGCUUGAAGAAGCAAUCCAAUUUGCCCAGCAAAUUGUUGAUAAACCUGUGGAACCACGCAGAAUCUUGAACAAGACAGUUCCGAGCUUGCCCAACAUGGACGCCAUUUUCACUGAGGCCUUUGCCAAGAUGCGGAAGCAGUACCCUGGCAUUCUCGCUCCGGAGACCUGUGUCCAUGCAGUGCAGGCCUCUGUGAAGUAUCCCUAUGAAGUGGGCAUCAAGGAGGAAGAAAAGUUGUUUCAGUACCUUUUUCAGUCAGGGCAAGCUACAGCCCUGCAGUAUGCUUUCUCUGCAGAAAGGAGUAUAGAUAAGGCAUCAAUCCCCUCUGUCACAUCCUGGAAAACAGCUUCAGGGAGACCCAUCUCUUCAGUUGGUGUUCUUGGUUUGGGAACAAUGGGUCGAGGUAUUACCAGUUGCUUUGUAAUAGCCCAGAUCCCUGUGAUUGCUGUAGAAUCAGACCAAAAGCAACUAGAAGCUGCAAAGAAGGCAAUAGCUUCCAUCUUGCAAAAUCAAGCAUCCACAUUGCAGCAGAGUGGCAAAGCUUGGUCAGCACCAAAACUCACCUUCACUUCCUCUAUAAAGGAGCUGGCUGGUGUGGAUUUAGUCGUGGAGGCAGUAUUUGAGGACAUGAACCUGAAGAAGCAGGUCUUUGCGGAACUGUCAGCUGUGUGCAAGCCUGAAGCACUUCUGUGCACCAAUACUUCAGUCCUGGAUGUGGACGAGAUUGCUUCUGCCACAGAUCGUCCACAGUUGGUGAUUGGCACCCACUUCUUUACACCAGCUCAUAUGAUGAGGUUGUUGGAGGUUAUUCCCAGUCGCUACUCUUCCUCUACCACUAUUGCCACUGUUAUGGAUCUAUCAAAAAAGAUUAAGAAGAUUGGGGUAGUUGUAGGCAACUGUUAUGGUUUUGUUGGAAACAGAAUGUUGGCUCCGUUUUUCGACCAGGCAUAUUUCUUGUUAGAAGAUGGAAGUAAGCCAGAGGACAUAGACGGAGUGCUAGAAGAGUUUGGUUUUAAUAUAGGGCCCUUUAAAAUGGGUGACCUUGCGGGGUUGGAUGUGGGCUGGAAAGUUCGCAAAGGACAAGGGCUCACUGGACCUGCAUUGCCUCCAGGGACCCCUGCCCGCAAGAGGGGCAAUGCAAGAUACUGCCCAAUUGCUGAUAUGCUGUGUGAAUCAGGAAGAUUUGGCCGGAAGACAGGCAAGGGCUGGUAUCUCUAUGACAAGCCACUAGGUAGGAUUCGUAAACCUGAUCCCUGGCUUUCCAAGUUUCUGUCUCAGUACAGAGAAACCUAUCACAUUGAGCCACGUGUGAUUAGGCAGGAUGAGAUCCUUGAGCGCUGCUUGUAUGUGCUGAUCAAUGAAGCCUUCCGUAUCUUGGGAGAAGGCAUGGCUGCCAGCCCAGAGCACAUCGAUGUUAUCUACUUGCAUGGGUAUGGGUGGCCAAGGCACCGGGGUGGACCCAUGUACUAUGCUUCCACGGUGGGACUGCCCACAGUUCUAGAGAAGUUGCAGAAGUAUCACAGGCAGAACCCUGAUAUUCCCCAGCUGGAGCCCAGCGACUACCUAAGAAAGCUGGCUGCCCAGGGAAACCCUCCUCUGAAAGAAUGGCAAAGCUUAGCAGGGCCUCCCAGCAGCAAACUGUGAUUGAGCCAGUGGUUUGCGCUCACAUGCUGGCUUCCAGGAAAACUCAGUUUCAGUGAGAUGAAAUCUCAGGAUCCAAAGUAAGAAUGCUCUGAAAUAUGAAGAUAAUCAGCAAUAAUAAUAUAAUCAUUCAUUAAAGCUCCUUUGGAUUUCUUCCUGAUGAUUAUGGUGGGUACAAUGUGAUGAAAUGUGCUUCCUAUCCUCUUAAUGUGCUCAUGUCAGAUAACUUUAAGGACUAAACUCAUGUGCAUACAAUAGCACAUUAUUUCAUAAGAGAGCUUGAAGAAGAAGUACACUGGUGAAUGGGAAAAUGAAUAAUCAAUUAAUAGAUGAUCAAUUUGACUAAGUUAUAAAAUCAUUUUGACCCCUAGAUCCUCAGGAUAGAGAAGUCUUUGGAGCCACAUUCAUGCACACCCUCUGAGCACUCCUGACACAACCAGAGUCCACAGAGGCAUUUGUCCAACAUGAAAGCAGCAGUGUUGUGUCCAGUGGAGAUGGCUGUCAGCAGCAGUCAGCAGUGAGGGUCUGCCUGAGGGCAUGGAAGGCUGCCCAAAGACAGGUUGAAACCUGAAAAGGUGAAAGAGGAAUUGGUGAGGCAUUCAGAGACUUCAGGCCAAAGUGCAACUCAAGAGGAGCUUGACUGCCCGUGUGGCACACAUCUUCUGUCUAAGGCCAAAGCAUAUGUGUGCAGUUGUGCUUCUGCUUGCUGGCUUCUUGGUAAUAGUUCUUGCUCCAUGUUCCCAGUCAGGGAAUGUUCACCACCAGCCCUAGUCUUUAUGGUCAUUACUUUUCAUUACCGGUCAAAGGGAAGGAAUACAAAGUAGUAUUCACUUUGUGUAGAAAGGGACUUAGAGAAUGUCUAGUCUUCGAGGAUUUCUAAAUUCUGCGAUGGAGUAGAGGUGCCUGUUUCUUGGUCAUGACAAGCCUUGGUGAGUUGGUGUGUGGAAGUGCUUGAAUCUUGAAACAUCUGAGAUGAUUACAAAGCAGAUACUGCAGAGUUUAUGUCUUUUACUAAAAGUUUCUCUUUUGGAUUUUUCCAAUGUGAUUAAAAGUUAGUGGACUGGUCAAUAGGAAAACUUGCAUCCUCAAAUGUUAAUAGCAGAAUUACAGUAGUCUGAAAUUGGAAACAUCACAAUUAUGUAUUAACUGAUUAGUUGAUAAAUAAUGAGUUAUAUCCACAUAGUGGAAACUUAUUUAGUCAUGAAGUACUGCUGUACGCUAUUUGAUAAUCCUAGAAAACAUUAUGUUAAGUGAAAGUAUUCACUCAACACAUAUUUAUAGCCCUUUAUGUGAAAUGUUCAGAGGAGAUAAAUCUGUAAGUAGCAAAUGGUAUAUUUGUUACUACCUGGGACUAGAAUUUUGUGGAAAAAUUGAAUUGAGAGUGACUGCUAAAGGGUAUAGAAUUUCUUUUGGGUUUUAUGAAAAUGUUCUGCUGUGGUUGUGGUCAUGAUUGUAUACAUAGCAUAUACAAAUAAAACUCUUAAUUUUGUAUAAUUUAAGGGGGUGAAUUAUUUGGUGUUUGAAUUAUAUGUGAAUAAAAUUAUUAGUAAAACAUGAA